CUUAGCUUAAAAUUGGAAACAUUGAUUACAAACAGAGAACGAGAGAAAACAGAAAAUAGAAAUGAAUAAUAUAUUGGGAUAUAAUGAAAUUAUAUCUUAUUCAAAACUCAAUAAUAUUAUGGUUUUUAGUAUAGUCAUGGUCUCAUAUUUACACAUUUAUGUACAUGCUAUAAGGUUGGGAGGAAAAGAAUAUAAAGUACCAGCCCUUUUAGUUUUUGGAGAUUCAAUAGUAGAUCCAGGAAACAACAACUACCUUCCUACUAUUGCUAAAGCUAAUUUCCCACCUUAUGGGAGGGAUUUUCCUGGAGGUGUACCUACCGGAAGAUAUAGCAAUGGCAAAGUCCCCUCCGAUUUCAUUGCUGAAGAGCUCGGGAUAAAAGAGCUAGUGCCUCCAUAUCUGGCCAACCUCCAAAUUAGUGACCUAAUUACUGGUGUUAGUUUUGCGUGUGGUCUUGCUGGUUAUGAUCCGUCAUCAGCUAAAUUCGCGAAUGUUAUGACAUUACAAGACCAAUUGAAUUUAUUUAAAGGGUAUAUAAGCAAGCUCAAGGAUGCUGUAGGAGAAAACGCGACAUCAUCCAUCAUUUCCCAAAGUGUGUACCUAGUUAGUGCUGGAAGCAAUGAUAUCACUACCACUUACUUCUUAUUACUUCACAACGAUAUCUCCACAUAUACUGAUUUACUAGUUAAUUGGGCAUCCUCUUUCGUGCAGGAACUAUAUGGUCUAGGAGCAAGAAGAAUAGGUUUGCUGAGUGCACCACCUUGUGGUUGUCUUCCAUCACAAAGAAUAUUUCAUGGCGGUCUCUUAAGAUCAUGCGCUGAAGAAGAAAAUGAAGCUUCCAGUAUUUUCAACAACAAGCUUUCAGAGCUAAGUUCUCUGAACCAAAAGCUUGAGGAUUCUAGAAUCGUGUACCUCGACAUCUACAACCCAUUUCUCAAUCUCAUAAACAAUCCUUCUCAAUCAGGUUUCGAAGUUGUAGACAAAGGAUGUUGCGGAACUGGGAACCUAGAGGCGUCUGUACUUUGUGCAAAGCCGGAUCCCCUGUCCUGCGAAGAUGCCUCGAAAUAUUUAUUUUGGGAUAGUUUUCACCCAACAGAGACAGCUUACAGACUCAUUGUCCAUGAGCUCAUUCAAACCAGCGCAAAUAAAUUCGUUUAGAAAGCAAAUAGAGAUAAUAAACUACAUGUACUUGGCAUCAUCUGCAGGAAGUUAGAAACCAAGCUCGAAGAAACUCUCCUGUUUAUACAUAAAUUCAACAUCUUAUGACUUUGUUUUACUCGUAUGCAGUAUAAAAUUUGUCCAUUAGAUCCUCUAGUAAUACAUUAUUCAUGACUUGUCACGAUGUAAGAAUAUCGUGUUCAUAUAAACAGAUCUUUAAUUUUGUGAGUGAUG